GCGGCUGCCGCGGCGGCUGAGGCGACGAGCGCUGUGGCGGCGACUGGGGCGGCAGAGGAAGGCGGCGGCGGCGGCCCGGUCCGGAGUCCCGCUCCGCUCCCCGCGCCAUUUCGGACCCGGAGCGAGCUUGGCGCGGGCCUGAAGGAGGCGGCGGCGGCGGGAGCCUGAGGCGCGGAGGCUCCGCGGCGCGGAGAGAGAGGCCUGCUGAAAAUGACUGAGUAUAAACUUGUGGUAGUUGGAGCUGGUGGCGUAGGCAAGAGUGCCUUGACGAUACAGCUAAUUCAGAAUCACUUUGUGGACGAAUAUGAUCCUACAAUAGAGGAUUCCUACAGGAAACAAGUAGUAAUUGAUGGAGAAACCUGUCUCUUGGAUAUUCUCGACACAGCAGGUCAAGAGGAGUACAGUGCAAUGAGGGACCAGUACAUGAGGACUGGGGAGGGCUUUCUUUGUGUAUUUGCCAUAAAUAAUACUAAAUCAUUUGAAGAUAUUCACCAUUAUAGAGAACAAAUUAAAAGAGUAAAAGACUCUGAAGAUGUGCCUAUGGUCCUAGUAGGGAAUAAAUGUGAUUUGCCUUCUAGAACAGUAGACACAAAACAGGCUCAUGACUUAGCAAGAAGUUAUGGGAUCCCAUUCAUCGAAACCUCAGCAAAGACAAGACAGAGAGUGGAGGAUGCUUUUUAUACAUUGGUGAGAGAGAUCCGACAGUACAGAUUGAAAAAAAUCAGCAAAGAAGAAAAGACUCCUGGCUGUGUGAAAAUUAAAAAAUGCAUUAUAAUGUAACCUGGGUGUUGAUGAUGCCUUCUACACAUUAGUCCGAGAAAUUCGAAGACAUAAAGAAAAGAUGAGCAAAGAUGGUAAAAAGAAGAAAAAGAAGUCAAAGACAAAGUGUAUAAUUAUGUAAAUACAAUUUGUACUGUUUUCUUAAGGCAUACUUAAGGUGGUAAUUUUUGUACAUUACACUAAAUUAUUAGCAUUUGUUUUAGCAUUACCUAAUUCUUUUUUUCCCCUGUUCGUGCAUACUGUCAGCUUUUAUCUUAAAUGCUUAUUUUAAAAUGACAGUGGAAACCUCUUUAUUCCAAGUGCCAGUAUUCCCUGGGUUUUGAACUUAAACUAGCAAUGCCUGUGGAAGAGACAAAGACCUGAGACUGUCUUGAGUUCUGGUGCGUGCCCUUGAUUCCUUGCUACUUCUUUCACCAGCUGUGAGCGUUGGUGUGAACCAUGGUAAUGAAGCUUUUGAGCCAUCCUGUUCUGUGUUUCAUCAGGUCACAGAAUGAAUUAGUAGUAAUUACAGCUUCAUCUGAGACCAUAUGAUUGGUUCUGCUAAGACUGAGGGAUCACAGAUUUAUGGGCUUCCCUUUGAUUCCCUUCUAGCAUGUCCGGAGUCUGUCAUGCUUCGUAAGUGUAGUUAGUCAGACUGUUCACAAAGGCUUUCUCUUGCUUUCUACUGCUAUUACUCAUGUCAUGCCCCAAAAUAGUAUAUUUUUUCUAGAAAAGGGGGAAAAUGGGAAAAAAAAAAGGCAAUGGAAAAUAGUGAAUAAAAGUCCAUUCCAUAUUAGCUAAAUUACUGUAAGAUUCCUAAUAGCUUUUCCUGGUAAGGCAGACCCAGUAAGAAAUAGUAACCAUUUGGGCUAUAUUUACAAGCUAUUAAAUUUUUGUAAUAAUUCCAACAAUUUUAACAUUAUAUAAGUUAUCAUAAGAAUUAGUAUAAUCCCAAUGUCAGAGUGCUCUUUCUUAGCCUAACUUUUAAAGUGUUUUGAACUUAUGUCUUGAUAGUAGUUUUAAUUCUGGUAGAGAAACUGAAGAUGAUUUGAGACAGUUGCAGCUUAACAGGUGUUGAGAUCAAACUUACAAGACUGGGCCUUACGUGACCUGUGAUGAGCAACAGUCAGUGUUGGUCAGGAUGAGGACAAGGAGAGUUUGGACAGCUCAGUGCAUUCUCAUGUAGCAGUUCUGCUGACAAAUCUGGAAUAUUUCUUUUGUUUAUAAUAAAAAAUAUUUAAAUAAAUUUCUGUUAGUUUGAAGGUUGAGAUGUUGGGGUAAGAGGCUACAAGGAGAGUAAAUCUUUAGGACAGUGUAGUAUGAAGGUUUGAGAAUGUGUGUGACUAGUCUCUCACUCUGAGCAAACAUUCCUAAUACUUCCCCAGCUGAUGUGUACUUAGAAAUCUCUGCUCUAAGGAUAGACAACAGCAAAAACAAUCCCUUCAAUGCACUUAAAGCAUUCCUUCAAAUUUCUGAAGUGACAUUAAAAUCCACUGGACUAUGAGGACUGGAUGUCUGUCUUACAAGUCUGACUGUAGGCAGAUCACUGUCUUACUCAGUGCUCAGUCAUCUCAAAGGCUCCUCACAGCUGUGUAACUUAUAGUCCUUUACACACUGAUACACCGAGUUGUCACGCUCAGCACAAUCUGUAACUUUUUUACAUGGAUUAUCAUCUUCACUGCCAGUCCUGGGCAAAAUUGUGCAAUAGGUAAAGUUCAUAGUUCAGUAUCCAUUCUCCAAUUUCCAGAUGCCCCAGACUUAGUAUAGUUUCCUUUUAAUACUUUAUUUUCCCCCACUUCAAAUUUUAUUUUUGCAAUGAACAACUCCAUGAAAGUUGCCCACUAAGGAAGGUUCAUCAAAGCUGCCUAUAAAAGAAUCCAACAGAAAGCAGACUGGGAUUUGAACUGAUAGCUGGUUUCAGGAGGUCACUACAGAAAUUUAAUGUUGAUCCUUUUUGACUUCAUGCCUGCAGCCCCGUCCAGUGGUGGCUAAGUAGAAUUUUAGUGUGGACAAAGAGCACUGUCUGUGGAAGAAGAGCUUAAUCUCCAUCUGGGGAUCAUCCUGGUUGAUAAGAGUCCACUGUUUUAAUGAAUGCAGCCUUACAGUGAAAACACUUUAAAGUUUCAAUCAGAAAGCUCAUUUUUAAAGUCAGAAUAUAUUUCCUUAGCAUUUAUUCAGUACUUGUCUUAAUGCUAGGCACCACACAGGCACUGGGGAUGUGAUGUGGUGUCCCCAAAGGAGGGACACAAUCCUUGGCCCGAGGUUUGUAGUGUGUUUGUAAUACUCUAGUAGUAAGAUGUGUGGCCGAGGUUUCAGUUUUGCAGAGAGGUGUUUGCAGUUUCCUCUCGAUUCAGCAAGAAUUGCUGGUUGUGAUUCCAGUGCAACUUUAUUUCUUCUAAAAGAACAGAAAUUCCCUAAUCUAGUUUUCUCCUUAAGUACAUAAUUUUUUUUAAAAAACUUAUGAAAAUUAAAUAUUGUCUUCUAAAAUAGUUUAUUUUGGGUACAAAUAAGCAGGCACCUGAAUUUAUUUGCAAGAAAAGAAAAUUAGUAGGAUUCUGAAAUGUUCUAAACUCUACAUGUUCAUAGAGCAUUCUUUCGGUGGAUAUUUUAAGUUUUUUUAAAUAUGUGUGUGGGUUGUUUUUUUUUUUGUUGUUGUUGUUGUUUUAUUUUUUGCUUUUUUUUUGCUGGGGGAUCUGGCUUCUCUGUGUAGCCCUGGCUGGCCUCAAACUCACAGAGAUCUGCCUGCUUGUGCCUCCCAAGUGCUGGGAUUAAAGGCCUGAGCCACCGCUGCCCGGAUAUUAAGUUUUAACACAAUUAGUGACGCUUCUUGUUUCUAUACAGAGGAGCAGGUGUACUUCAGGAGCUGUGGUGCAUAAUCAGAUAUUUACUGGAGACUCUGGGCAGUGUGUUAAGUAGUGGUAAUUACCAUUGUGUAAAUUUUGAAUAUUUAGUCUUUUGUUAACAAGAAGGUUUUGUAGAGAUUUUUCAAAGGGAAAAAGUCCGAGGAACAAACAUAAGUGCUCUCUAGUUACUACAGCCUGUUGAAAUUGAAAACCAGUGCUAAAUCACAGUCAUAGGCAUUAGCAUAUUUGUGGGGAUAUAGCAGACAAAUACAAUUUGAGUAAAUAUUUUCAGUCAGGAGUUCUAGGCUCUACUGACUUGAGUCACACUGCAUAGGGAUUUAGAUCCUAAUUUUUAUAGAUUAAAACUUUUCACUGUUGCACAAUUUUGUUUAACAUACAUAAAAGUUACAUGAGGCAUGUCAGAAGUUACAGUUUGCAGAUUCAUCUCAUUUUGUAUUCCACUGAUUCUUCCAUUUUUUUCCCCCCAAAACAGUAAUAUAUAUUUAGGAGGGAUUUUUGUAGGCAAUAAAAAUUUAAACUCCAUUUGUUAAAAGUAGUAAUUUCUUGAUAAUUGUGUAGCCAUUUUUUUAGGCCCCAAAAGUUACCUUAAAGGUGAAUUUAUUCUUAAUGACUUCUGUGUAAUACUGGGUAGCAUGAACUCUGUGCUGAAAAAUUGAACAGAUACACCCAGUAGGUGUAAAAUUAUGUCACAACAUGAAAAUUAUUUCUAAAGAAGUGUAUUAGUUUUCAAAGAAUAGUUAUUAAUUAGAUUCAGAUUUGUGGUGUGCCUGUUUGGGGCGGCAGUAGGCAUUUUAGAUGAAUUUGGGAAAAUUCAGUUCUCUGCAGAAAUGCCAAUUUCAGACCCACCCACCCCCCCAAGCUAACUGGGCUGUGUCCUGAUUUAUCUCCAGGUCCCCAAUUCCACUGUCUCAUUCUUCAUGUUGAAAACACUUCUGCAUUUUUAUUUGAGUGCCAAUUUCUUACUAGUGCUAUUUCUUAAUGUACCAUGUUUACCUGGAAUGUAUUUUAACUAUUUUUGUAUAGUGUAAACUGAAACAUGCACAUUUUGUACAUUGUGCUUUUCUUUUUCUUUUCUUUUUUCUUUUUUUGGUGUGUGUGGGACAUAUGCAGUGUGAUCCAGUUGUUUUCCAUCCUUUGGUUGUGCUGAUCUAGGGAAUGUUGGUCAUAUCAAACAUUAAAUUUAAAAAUGACCACUCUUUUAAUUAAAAUUAACUUUUAAAUGUUUAUAGGAGUAUGUGCUGUGAAGUGAUCUGAAAUUUGUAAUAUUUUUGUCAUGAACUGUACUGCUCCUAAUCAUUGUAAUGUAAUAAAAAUAGUUAUGGUGACUA